CAACCUCCGCCGGAAAUAAUAGUUCCUAUUAUCAAAUCCUUUUUCCUUAAAGCAUACCUAUUAAACCUUGACUGACAAAUGAUUAACAACCAUUGUGCGCGUCCUGACUCAUCCGUGCAUUUUAAUCCGUAGACCUUGUCGAAAAAACUCUUGACUCCCCUGGGCACAUGAAACUGGACACCCGAGCGUUUGAGGCCCCUCUUUCCAUGCGGAGGAAUACAUUGUUGCUGCUCACAAUGUGGAUGGAGGUGGUCAAGAUGUCUACUAGAAGAAUGAAUUCACCUCAAUUGUAACAACAUAAAGGAAGUCGUGGCGCGGGAUUGUUUGGAUACAGACUGCAACAUUGUAUUUGUGACGUUUGUGUUUUGUAGGAGGAUGUCAAAGAAGGAAUAACACACAUUGUUGCGCCUAUCAGCCUUUAAUGCGCCGUGCUUCAAAUUCUUUCAAGUUUUAUGUUUUUUUCCCUGCGAGAUUCAACCCUUCUUUUUUACAACUGGAUGUAAUACAACUGAUAAACAGAGGGUGCUUUAAAGACCGAGUGGUAUGAACGAGGCGCACCAGAGAAUGGCUACAGUGGGAACAGAUAAGGAACUCAGUGACCUGUUGGAUUUCAGUGCGAUGUUUGCGCCACCUGUGGCUAAUGGGAAGAACAGACCAACCACACUUGCUAGCAGUCAAUUUAGUGGUUCAGGUAUGGAAGAGCGCAGUAGUACUUGGGCUGCCGGAGAUCAAAACAGUCCAUCUUUUAACCAGAGCUAUGGAGAGGGUUCGCACUACAAUGAACAUGAUGGACUAUCUUCCCCAUUCCUUGGCACAGGGAUUAGUGGUAAGAAUGAAAGGGGUCCAUACUCUUCCUUUGGGGGCCAGCCGGGGUUCUUGCCCUCAGACAUCGCCAUGCCUUCUGCAGAUGCCAUGUCACCAUCCGGUCUGAAGUCAGGCUCUCAAUUCUACCCUUCAUACCCCAACAACCCCCGAAGACGCCCUUCUGAUGGAGCCAUGGAUCCCCAACCAAAAAAGAUCAGGAAGCCGCCAGGACUGCCAUCUUCAGUUUAUGCUGCCACCUCUGGUGAUGACUAUAUCCGUGAUGGUGCUGCCUACCCGGGCUCCAAACCUGGCACUGUGUACCCAGGAUCUUUUUACAUGCAAGAGGGCCUACACUCCUCUUCGGACCCCUGGGCCCCCUCUGGACCCUUAGGUCAGUCAGGAUACACGGCUAUGCUGGGGAAUUCGCCACACAUCAAUCAGCCUGGCUCCUUCUCCGCAAUAAACGCACAAGACAGGAUGAACUACCCUUUGCAUGGAGCGGACGUCAAUGGUUUCCAUUCGGGCACCACAGCCUAUAGCCACUCAUCCUCCCUGAAUGGAUCAGACAGCAUUUUGGCCAAUAGAGGCCCAGUUGCAAGCAGCUCAGGUGAUGAGAUCGGAAAAGCUCUUGCUUCGAUCUACCCUUCGGACCACAACAGCAACAACUUCUCCUCCACUCCUUCCACUCCUGUGGGCUCCCCUCAGGGCAUUGCAACAGGUGCAGCACAGUGGUCGAGAGCUUCUGGCCAGACUGCUCUGUCUCCUAACUAUGAGGGUGGACUACAUGCACUGCAGAACAAAAUGGAAGACCGACUGGAGGAGGCCAUUCACGUGCUCCGAAGUCAUGCGGUGGGUCAGGCCCCGGGAAUUCCUGGAGCCCAUGCCGACAUGCAUGGCCUACUGGGUGCCGUCUCCACAUCCAGUGGAUCCAUGGGGGGUCUCACUCAGACCUAUUCCAACCCAGGACUGCCCCUAAGUAACAGACACCCUGCCAUGGCUGGAAGCCAUCAUGACGACCAUGCCUGCCUUCCUCCCAGCAGCACCCUGUUGCAGCCAGCUCAUGCUUCAGGCACCCCACAGCCUGGAGGAGCACCGGAGGGUUUUAACAAUUCGAGUUUGCCCGGAGGCUUGGCCCACUCCACGCAUUCGUCAAACAAAUCCGACGUUAAGAAUGAAGACAAGGAGGAUGACGAGAACUCAUCUGUGGCUGAUAAGUCUGAAGAAGAGAAGAAGGAAAGCAAACAGUCUCGCACCAGAUCAAGAAAGGAGGUGUUUGCCCAUCAAGUCCUUUCAAGUUUAUCAGACCAGGGAGACGAUCUAGACAAUGAAGAAGAUGAUGAGGAUUUGCCGCCAGAGUUGAAGGUCGAGAGGGAGAAGGAGCGACGAGUGGCCAAUAACGCACGAGAGCGACUGCGCGUGCGUGACAUUAACGAGGCCUUCAAAGAGCUGGGCCGCAUGUGCCAGCUGCACCUGACCAACGAUAAACCCCAGACCAAACUGCUCAUCCUGCACCAGGCCGUCAACGUGAUACUAAACUUGGAGCAACAAGUCCGUGAACGCAACCUGAACCCCAAAGCAGCUUGUCUGAAGCGACGUGAAGAGGAGAAAGUGUCCGGGGUGGUUGGAGACACUCAAAUGCAGCUGUCCGGAGCACAUCAAGGCCUUGGAGGAGAUGGACGCAACUCUGUCAGUCACAUGUGAUCAUGUGAUCCAGUGAAAUUUCUUGGGGCUCCUGGAAGAAGUGACCUUGAAUCUCUUCCACCGUUCUCAUCCUCUCUGUGCAUAUCGUGACUCGGAAAGCAUAUCAUCCACGAAAUAAAGACAUGCACCCUUCAAACCAUUUUGGACACAUGAACCGACCCGCCAAAACUGACACAGCAGAUUUUGUCCGUGAUCACUCCAGACCGCAAUUACCAGCACAAAUGUGAAGAACUCUUUCUCAAGUCGUUUUGUAUUUUUCUGCUUCCCAACAACGAUGGAUCAUAGGAAUAGACACAUUCUGACCACAACUGACAUUUUUUCCACUGCGGAGAGUUUUGAUCGAAAGACGAGACAAACGUCAAUUUAAUCAUGGAUUUGUGCCUAAUUGUUACGUUUUAUAUAAGACGCAAACUGCUUACUCGUGUGGAACAAAAAGUUUGGGAGUUGCUUGUAUAUGAGCAAGUCUUUUUUUUCUUCUUUUUUUUUAUGUGGUUUGUCAUUCCCUACUGAAAGGUACAGUCUUACAUGCAUUGUGUAACCAAACCCCAUGAGAAGUGGGGCGAACCUGUGGUGCUUUUGAGGACGGCAUUUCCUAGCAGGCCUCUGCUCUGUGGGCCAGGGCUCUUCCAGAAAGGGAGAAAAGCACAUGGGCAUUCGCAGCUCUCCAGACUGUUUCAUCUCUUUGGAAAUAUCACGCAUCAUCAGCUCUCACAAUGCUAUUGACAAGUUCAGCCAAUCGGAAGAAACUGCUUCAGAAAAGGAACAUGAGAUUUUGUUACAAUGACAACAAGGCUUGGAUUCCAUUGCAUUUCCAAGCACGAAAUUGCCAAGUUGACCUUUCACCUCUUUCCUUUCGUAAGCCCUUUUAUUUUUUCACCAGGAUACGUUCAGUCAUCACUCGCUCGCAUCGUUGCCAAAAGUCUGAAAGUGUACACAAGUCCACCUCAUGCAUAUGUAAUGGAUGUUAUUUCGAUUUGAGAAAAAAAAAAAGUAAGAAUAUAUAUAAAUAUAUAUAUUUUUUUUAGUCUAUACAUUGUAGAUUUCUAAAUAACAAAAACAUAUUAGUUUGAAGUGUAGAGUCUAUAGCGCAAGUGAACGCUCCGAUGCGCCGUACGAUUUCAAAAGAGCCUGCGUAUAUUUUCAGAAACGCAAGGUUUGGGCGAGGCGACCCACCCUUAAUUUUAUCCCAGGUGCCCCCCAAUAGCUCUAUGCUCAUGAUAAAGGGAUUUGAUAAUGAUGAUUGAAGGCGUGUUGAGGUUUAAGACCUCGUGAUGGUUUCCUGAUUUCAGGGAACUGUACGUCACUAGAAGUGUUCUUAGGCAAUGGUGUAGUGCGUAAGCAACAUUCGCCAUCAUUUCAGUCUCGCCAAUGCACAUAAUGCAAUUUGUUUGAAUGUUAUAUUUAAAUGUACACGAUCUCACGUCUCCAUCAGACUGGCUUACUGUGAGUUUAGUUGAUCAUAUUGUCAUUUCAAGGUGUAAGUCUCAACCCGAUUUUUGUCAUGUGCGUGAGAUGAUGUUCCCUGAUGGUUUGAAUUAUGUAUGUAUGAAAAAAAAUGGUGUUAUAACCUGUGUAAUUGUCAAAAUGUCCACAAUGGAUAUGAUUUCUGAGUAAUAACAUUUCACCGUAAGGGGGAUACUGAACUUAGGUUGUCCUAAAGUAUAAUGGAAACAUAAUAUUAAUUCUUGAUAAAUAUAAAAAGUUCUUGAACAUUUAUAUAUCGUGGCCUUCUUAUUCUCAAGACUGUCAUUUUUUGAGAGUGAUGCCUUGUCAGUGCCUAAACUUACUUUCAUUGUAAACUUGACCAUUUGUUUUAUUAUUUCAAAAUGCAAAAAUGGCUCAUCCAUAUUUUUGGAUUUGUUUUGUUUCUUUCUGGAAGCAUCUGUGUUGUAGUAUUUAAUCUGCAAUUUAGAAACAUUGUAGUCUUUCAUCCUCAUUAUUAUGCUGUGUGUGUGUGUGUACCUUUUUGGCAAUUUUAGGAUUCUCUUCCUGUCAUCUUUGGCUCAACUAGGUUGGAAUUUUUAUUUUAUUUUUGCUUUCGAGACGCUAGUGUCCUGUGAUCUGUGAAGCACACCAGAAAAUUGAAGGAUCUUGGUCGAUUCAUCAGAUGGGGGCCGGAAACGCUAGACUGUUAUUCUCAAGUAAUUUUUGUAUUAUCCAUCUGAUACCAUCUCAAAUGCAUGUUCAUUUUGAAAGUAUCUAUAAAAUAUGAGUGCUGGACUUGUUUUUGCCCCCUGCUUAAUGUUUUAGAUGCUGGAGGAGUGUUGUCAUGUCAUCAUGGAUUUUCCUGUCUGAAAUUACUUUCUUUUUAUCCCUGAAGCAUCUUGAAUGUCCAACUGAGUGAUCAUUUUGAAUGAAUGGUCUUGCGCCGAAGUAAGAUUGCUGCCAUGAUUUCCAUCAGAAUUAAGAAGUGUGUGAAUUUUACAGAACCUGGUGUCUUGCAGUUGCAGUAGGGACAUGAACAAUACUGCUGUUGUCUUCAGAGUGCCUCCGGUUUUUGUCUUUAUUAUUUUUCGUCUUUGUUUUUAUAAAUAUAUAUAUAAAGUAGGUAUUGAGAACUGUCCUGUAUAUAACAGUAAUGUAGCAAUAAAUGUGCCAUUUUUAAUAACAGAAUUAUACAUUUUUUUCAAUGUCUUGCUUUGGAUCUUGUAUACCUUCAAAUGAGUUAAAUAAAAGAAAACAUUGUAAUAAAAGUCUUA